AUGGCAUUGGAAUUUACUGUUCCCACAGCUUUGAUCCUCAUAGACAACCAAUCGGCCUUCUGUGAUCCAAAGACAAUAUCCCACUGGGGCACCACACGGUCCAACCCGAACUAUGAAACCAACAUCCAAGCACUUCUCUCCGCAUUCCGAGUCGCGAGAUCCUCGUCCCAAACGCCGCUCGAGGUGAUCCACAUUUUUCAUUCCUCCACAACCCCGGGAUCUCCACUCCACCCAUCCAACCCUGGGGGUAUCCGUCCUCUAGACUUUGCCACCCCAGCCUCAGAUGGGUCGGAGGCCAUCUUUUGGAAAAGUGUCAAUUCUUCUUUCAUCGGAACUGAACUUGAAGCGCAUUUGCGGGAAAAGGGCUUUCGUCAGCUCAUCAUUGCUGGGUUGACGACUGAUCAUUGUGUUUCAACUACUGUGCGAAUGGCGGCGAAUCUGGGGGUUGUGGAUCGGUAUCUUGGGAAUGGGCCCGUUCGGUUGAGGUCUGAUGGGACUCAUGAAAAUGAUGUGCAAAUUGAGAAGGGGCGUAUUGUGCUUGUCGAGGAUGCCACCGCUACGUUUGGAAAGGGUGGAAUUGAUUCGGAGACUGUUCAUAAGGUUUCUGUCGCUAGCCUCGAUGGUGAGUUUGCGGAUGUAUUCUCUACAGAGGAGGUUAUUGGGACCUUGAGCAAGAUUUCAAAAUAG